UGCAAGUAGCUAAAAAAGCCAACCAAAAAAACCAAAAGACCCCUCUUUUUAAAGGCUCUCUUUUUUCUCUUUUCAUUUCUCUCUUCACAUUUCCUUGUCGCUUUUUGUUGUUUUUGUUGUUCAUCGCACAAUCUCAUCUUCACAGAUUCGUCAUCUUCUCGAUCCCCAACCUAACUGCAAUCAUGAGUGACGUCGGAGAAAAGACCUGUCCCCUUUGCGCGGAGGAGAUGGAUUUGACUGAUCAGCAACUCAAGCCUUGCAAAUGUGGCUACGAGAUAUGUGUUUGGUGUUGGCAUCACUUGAUGGAUAUGGCUGAGAAGGAUGAAACCGAGGGAAGGUGCCCAGCUUGUCGUACUGCUUAUGAUAAAGAAAAAAUUGGACGAACAGCAGCUAACUGUGAGAGGUUGUUUGCUGAAAUUAAUUUGGAGAGAAAAAUGAAGUCACAAAAGGCAAAGACUAAAUCAUCUGAAGGAAGGAAGCAGCUGAGCACUGUGCGAGUUAUUCAAAGGAAUCUUGUUUACAUAGUUGGGUUGCCACUUAAUCUGGCAGAUGAAGAUAUUCUUCAACGCCGAGAAUAUUUUGGUCAAUAUGGGAAAGUUCUAAAAGUAUCUUUGUCUAGGACAGCAGCUGGUGCCAUUCAGCAAUUUCCAAACAAUACAUGUAGUGUAUAUAUUACUUACUCAAAAGAAGAGGAAGUGAUCCGUUGUAUCCAAUCUGUACAUGUAUUUGUCUUGGAUGGUAGACCAUUGAAGGCAUGCUUUGGUACAACAAAGUACUGUCAUGCAUGGCUAAGAAAUAUGCCUUGCAACAAUCCCGAUUGUCUAUAUUUGCAUGCAAUUGGUUCUCAAGAGGAUAGUUUCACCAAAGAUGAGAUUAUAUCUGUGUAUUCAAGGGUUCAACAAAUAACUGGUACGACAAACAAUUUUCAACGGCGUGCUGGGACUAUGUUACCUCCCCCAGUGGAUGAUUAUUGCCCCAACAGUUCGUCUACAGCAAAAAACAUUUCUAAAAGUGCUCCAAAUAAUACAAUAUUAACCGGUCAAAAUGAUUCUCCCUCAAAUGGAAGCCCUGGUAGAUCUCUUGCUCUUCCUGCUGGAGCAUCAUGGGGAACUCGUGCUUUAAACCAGCCACAACCAGCCAGUUUAUCAUGUUCAAAUGGACCGUCUAAGCAGAAAUCUGACACCAUUAGCUGCACAUCACCAUUUUUAUCUGCCGUAAUGAACACAAAUCGGGCUUGUACAUUACAUAAUGAUGAUGUAAAGAAACCAUCUGAAGAGAUCCAUGCUACACAUAUGAAGGGUAAACCUGAUUUGUUAAAACCCUUAAAACGUAACAGUGGUUCAGAUGGUCGAACUACUGCACAAGAGAAACCUACUUCACCCGAUGGAGUUCCUGCUUCUAAAUCAUUGAGCAACCAGAUAUCUUGCCCACCGGCAUCCAAUUAUAAUGACCAGGGCACUAAUAUACCAACUGUUACAAGCGCCAUCUUUGACCACAUUGAGAAGUCUUUUAUUACCUCCAAUGAGAAAGCAGGGAGUAUUUCGUCUACUGAUGAGAAGGUACAGAGCAUAUGCUCUGAUGUCUCAUCGUUGACCUUAGAUAGGAAUGCCUCAAGUGGCCAUUCCAAUGUCAUUAGACCUAGCAGUUCAGCUUCUGAUCAUGGAUCAAGCAGCUCUUCUAGUAGUCGGGGGUUACAACAAUGUUAUAGAGAGCAUUAUCUAGAACCUUUAAAUUCUGCAACCGCUGAGAGACCCCUGACAUCUCCCAGUAGGGUGUCUGUUUCUAAAGGGCAGUCUGAUUGGAGAAUUGAUACACAAACUCGAGUAGUGCAGAAUACAAGCUUUGAAGUUGAAGAAGACACGUCUUUUGAUAAUCAAAGACUCAAUGAUCCAGAAGUUAUUAGCCGACCAAAUUAUAUGCCUAAUUCACCAAUUUCACUUCAUUUAUCAAAUCAUUCUAAGUCCCAUUCUUUUCAAUACAGUGAUUCUUUUGGUGCUGUUAAUUUGAAUGGUGAUACUGCCUUUGUAGAUAAUGAAGUUAGUGGCAGUUUACAGCUUCACGGAUCCGGUGUUUUGUCUAUAUCAAAUGGGUACCCUGAGAAGUAUAUAGGUAGUAGUAGUGGUUCUGUUAUUACGUCAGAAGACUACCUUCUGCCUUCAAAUCAAGGGAAAGUGGAACAGGUGGGAAGAUUAAUUGAUAAUGCUGAGAACAAUGCUGCCAAAGAAACAGGAGAGAACAGCAUAAUUUCAGACAUAUUGUCACUAGAUUUUGACACAUGGGAUGAGUCCCUAAGUUCGCCUCAGAGCUUGGCCAAGUUGUUGGGUGACACUGACAAUCAGCAGUUUAAUUCUCUCAAAUUUUCUAGUUCAGGGAAGGCUCUGAAUAACAAUCAAUCCAGAUUCUCGUUUGCAAGACAGGAGGAUUCUAAAUAUCAACCUUUUGAUGUUGAGUCCUCGUCUAGUAUUUUUGGUCAAAUGCCACAGAACCGGCUUUCUAAGCAAGAUUUAGCUGAAAGCAGGGAUCUCUAUCUGAAUAAGUUUGAAAUUUCUAAUGGGUUUUCUCCAAAUAACUUUGAUGAAUACAACAUUUUUAGUGGCAGCCCUUCAAUUUCCCCUUCUAGUAAGCUUUCUGUUUCAAGAGCUCAAGUGUCAGCCCCACCUGGAUUCUUUGCUCCUAGCAGGACACCACCUCCUGGCUUUUCUUCUCAUGAGAGAGUAGACCAUGGUUUUGACACAUCAUGUAAUCACUUGGACUCUUCGUCCCUGUUAAGAAACUCUUAUCAGGCUCCAGCAAGUUGUGGUGUUGGUGGUGCUGGAGAUAUAGAAUUUAUGGAUCCAGCAAUAUUGGCAGUUGGUAAGGGUAGACUUCAGGGAGGGCUCACCAAUUCAGGCUUAGAUAUGAGAUCAAACUUUUCUCUACGGAUAGGUCCCUACGAAAAUGAGGCCAGAUUUCAACUAUCUAUGCAGAGAUCUUUUUCUCCUCAUCGGAACCUAAGAUAUAAUGUUGGGGACAGCUUUUCUUCUCUGAAUGACUCUUUUGGAGUUUCUUCUAGGCUAAUGGAUCAAUCACAAGUGAACAAUAUAUCCCCAUAUGCGCAGUUGUCUCUCCAACAGUCGAGGAAUUCACAUAUGUCAAAUGGUCCCUGGGAUGGUUUGAAUGAGUUCCACGGUGGAAAUAAUGUUGGCAUGGCUGAGUUGCUCAGAAACGAGAGAUUGGGAUUUAACAAGUUCUAUUCUGUUUAUGAAGAUUCAAAGUACAGGAUGGGUGAUCUAUAUAACAGAACAUUCGGGAUGUGAUUGUUGUUGAAAUCAAAUCUCUGCUUAAUUGACAAUGCGAAGAUGAGAGAAACUUUUUGUUGUAUCUUGUCCUCAUGUUGAGAAUGACAUGUUGAAUUGUAACUGGUCUCCUUUGGCAGCCUGAUGAAGAGUACCAAGCUCCCAACACAUUGGGCGAAGAAGAUGUUGUCGGCAAGCGUAUCUUGCAUUGCUUAAAAAGCUCAUAUCUUGUGGUAAUAUUGAUUGGGGUUUCCUCCGAUAAAACACAUAGGUGAGAUGAGCUUCUGCCUUGGCCAUUUUGGAUAUAAAUUGAUUGCACCUCAGAGUGCUUGGCGUAUGCAAUCUUCUCAUCAAACUGGCAGGUUGGUCCUCUCCAUUUGCUGAUAGUUACGCUCUUAAUCGCCCAAUACCCAGCCCUAAAGUAAAAUACGGUGGCUGCUCCUGCUCUGGAAACUAAAUAGAUCUCAACUGGAAUCCAACUUUACUUUUUUGUUAGAUAUCAAUGG